AUCUGUUUACGCACUCACGGAGAGGGCGUAUUCGCAAACCUGCUUUCCAUCCACUCAUCUCCGUCCAAUAAAAGAUGGCUGAGUCAGGACGACGAGGCAGAGAUGUGCGGAGAGUUUUCAAACCUACGGAGUCCUUACUAACCAGGCACAGCCAAGAGAGAAAUCCGUAUACAGAAGGUCUGCUGAACCUGGAAUUCAUUCACCUCGCGCUCAUCCCUUUUGCAUUGGCAAUUAGAGAAGUCUACAGCCCUGGAAGCAACAAUCGCCACUUUAGUGGCCUUCGCCAUCUCAUCGGUGGUCCAAAUGAACUACUGAUGACAGCACUCAUUUUUACUAUUGAGUUUCUGGUUUCUUUUGCUGUCUACUUUCUCUUCCUGGGUUGGGCGUUCUGUUAUAAGUAUGCUGGGAGAGUAGCCCAUGUCCUGUUCUUGCUGCCACUGGUUCCAUCUGUCAUCGUGUAUCGCUACUGGCUGAUGUCCUACUUACUGGAGAUCAAUUUUCCACCCGGCACUCGAUUUACUUGCUGUCUACAACAGUUGAUACUGAUUUUCAAAUGGAUCUCCUUUGUCUCUGAAAAUGGCAGGAAAGUCUCUAUACCCAUGGCAUAAGGAAGACGAGACAGGUCCAGCUGUGUGGUACGCAGGUCAGAUGGAGCCACAAAUCGGGUCAUUUUCCUCCUACGUCUACUUUCUCUUCUGCCCCGUCCUCCUCUACCGAGACAGGUACCCCAGGAAACAGAGGAACUUGCGAAAAGCCACCAACUACUUUAUCAUGUUCUUGGUGUUGGUGUGGGUAUGCUAUGUGAUUCUCUUUGAGUUUGGAAUGCCUCAAACUAUGCAUCGAGACGAGAUCCGGCGAGUGGCAGUUCACAACCUGUUCCUGGGGUUCAUUCUACUGGCUUGCUCCCACACCUUUCUCCUGCACUGCUGGAGUAACUGCUGGGCCGAGUUGCUCGGGUUCGCCGACUGCUUCUUCUACGAGGAAUGGUGGAGGACAGAGAGCUUGCCAGACUUCCUUCGUAAGUGGAACCCCAUCAUUCAGGAGUGGCUGAAAGCCUACGUAUACAGACCUCUAAGGAGCAUUGGGUUGCCUGCUGGAGCUGCCAUGCUGGUGAUCUUGGUCCUGUCUGCGUUUGAGCACGACUUUCUCCUGAGUGCUGGACUGGGUUACUUCAUGCCAGUCUACAUUGUAGAGUACGGGAUAUGUGGGAUGCUCCUCAAUCUAAAACCCAAAAUGAGUCGGUGGAUGGACCAGAUGAUCAUGUCUUUCGGUCUCUCUGUGGGCCUUGGACUCCAGAUAACUCUCUACUGCACAGAGGUUGCAGCUGUCAUUCACUGCCCAGCCGCCAGCUACAACGCCACCUGGUUCCAGGGAUUCAGAAUGAUAGACUGCUACAAAGAGUUCAACACUUAGCAGUUUUCGGAGGUAGUGUUAGCUCAUUUUAUAACCCUCGUUUAUGCAUUUCCUUUGUGCGCAUGCCUGUGCGCAUUGCGCCGCGUGCGGGUUGUGGGUGUGGCCGGCUGUGGUGGUGCUGAGAAAAGAGGAAUGGCGGAUACUCUGGACAAACGGAAAAGCAAAGGAGCUUCGACGUGGAGAAAGAUCUAUGCACCGUCGGAAAACCUACUAUCCAGGAGCCGAGAGAGCGUUAAUGUGUACGCCGUCGGUCUGUUCAAUACGGGCGCCGCGUACGCUCUCGUCGUUCCCUUCGCCAUUCUGCUGCGUGACUCCUUCAAAGCCAGAAGACUCUCUCUGGACUUGGAAGGCUACAUCACACUUCUUGGUUACCCCUCUGAAUGGGUGGUAGUGGCCGGCAUUCUACUCGCAGAGUUCAUUUUCUCCUUCCUAAUCUACUACUUCUUCCUGCUCUGGGUUGCCUGCUACAGACGUGUCGGUGCAGUGUCAAACUAUGUGUUUCUACUGCUCCUUGUAGCGUGUGUGGUAGUGACUCGACUGGCAGUGUUUCGCGCCGUGUUUGAACUUGAUAUACAUCCGGCUGGUCGACUCACGUGCAAUAUACAAAUGGUGUUACUCUGCAUGAAAUGGGUUUCAUUUAUCCACGAAAACGCCAACAAGGUAGUGCAUCCUUGGCACAAAGAGGACGAGACAGGUCCAGCUGUGUGGUACGCAGGUCAGAUGGAGCCACAAAUCGGGUCAUUUUCCUCCUACGUCUACUUUCUCUUCUGCCCCGUCCUCCUCUACCGAGACAGAUACCCCAGGAAACAGAGGAACUUUCGAAAAGCCUUUGGUCAUUUGGUGGAGUUUCUGAUGACCAACUUAAUCGGCUACACCCUCUUUAAGGACUUCUUACUUCCUCAAUCCAUGCUACUGGAUGAUUUGGUAACCAGCCUCCUUCGCUGCCUGUUCCUGGGGUGUGUUCAGCUGCAUCUUGCCCACACCUGCGUCGUGCAUGGCUGGAUGAACAUGUCUGCAGAGCUGACCGGCUUUGCCGAUCACAACUUCUACCAGGAUUGGUGGAACAGCCAGUGCCUGGGGGAGUAUCUCGGAAAGUGGAACCCAGUCAUUCAAGAGUGGCUGAAGACCUACUUCUACGCAUAUCUCAAGAACUGGGUCCCGCGAGCUGUGGCACUCCUGGCCAUACUAGUCCUCUCCGCAGCUGAACACGACUUUCUGAUCGGGACUGGAAUGGGAUUUUAUAUUCCCAUGUACCUUGUCGAAUACGGACUCAUAGGGUUUUUGCUCAGCUUCAAGCCGCCACUGGGGAAGCAGACGGACCGGCUGAUCAUGUGUGUCGGGCUGUCGCUGGGAACUGGUAUACAGAUGGCCAUAUACCUCACUGAGCUGGUGGCCCGCAGUCAGUGUGGCGAGGCCUCCUCCAGCUGGUUUGAAGGAAUGUGGGCAUUCGAGUGCUACAGACGUGUCAACAAUUGAUCUUUCUACAGCAGUUCACGAUUUCAAUUUGGCCACCCUAGUUAUUACAUUAACAGUUGCAAUGCAUAAGUGAAUGAGUACAUGAUAAUAAUUAUGGUAUAAUAUUAUAUCCACGAGUGUCAGAGUUAUUAAUAUUG